AUACAAUUCGUAAUUUACCACUUAAUUAAUAUAUACUAUCCGGACCUCCAAAAACAUCCUCUACUCACAAGCAACCCUCAUGCUCUUGUGCCCUACUUGGAGAUUGAUCUGUACAUUGAAAACCAGGUUCCAGACCUCACAUCCUUUGUCUCUCCAAGGCUUUUUUCGACUCAUUUAUCUUAUAAUUCGCUACCGACAUCCGCAAAAGUCUCGAAUUGCAAAAUAGUAUAUUUAUGCAGGAACCCAAAAGACACCUUUGUGUCACUUUGGCAUUUCACAAAUAAGUUGAAAUUAAGGGGAACCAAUCCGCUUGAAGAGGCUUUUGAUAAAUUUUGUAAGGGAGUGACUUUGUAUGGACCCUAUUGGGAUUAUGUCUCAAGCUUUUGGAAGGAAAGCAUAGAAAAUCCUCAAAAAGUUCAUUUCUUGAAGUAUGAAAAAAUGAAAGAGCAACCCACUUAUGAGUUGAGGAAGGUGGCUGAGUUUUUAGGGUGCCCUUUUACUCCGGAAGAAGAGGCGAAAGGUGUGGUCAAUGAUAUUUUAAGCCUGUGUAGUUUUGAUAAUCUGAGCACUUUGGAGGUGAAUAAAAGUGAAAAAUUGUCAUCUGGAGAGCCAAAUGAGGCGUUUUUUCGACGAGGCAAGGUUGGAGAUUAUACGAAUUACUUGACUGCUGAGAUGGUAGAAAAACUAGACCGUAUUACCGAAGAAAAGUUUCGUGAGACCCAGUUAAAAUUCUAGGUACUCUUCAAGUUGCUUGCAUGGUUUUACAUAAACGUCCGUUUUUGUUACUCAAUGUACCGUAUGUUUAUUUUGGUCGAUCGGCCUCCAAUAAAGGUACAUGAUCAACUUGCUGUAUUGAUCUCUAUAGCUAAUUUGCCACUUCUUGAUGUAUGUGACAACGAUGAAGUUAUGUUUGGUUAUUUACCUUUUGUAAUGCAGGUAUGCUUGAAUUAUAUAUAUGUAGUCACCAAUAAGUUCCUCAUGAAAAGCUCAUGCUUUUUA